CACUUCGGUCUCCCGUGCUGCGAUUUGCUUGCUUCGUCCUCCUCCGCGGAGCACUCAAAUGGCGGCGGCACGCGGGAUUGCCCUAGAUACGGAGGGAAGUGGGAGGAAAAGGAAGCGCUACGAUCCCGGAGGCGGAUCCUUACCGGAAGCGAAACGGAAGAGGAGCUACGACGAGGAGGCGGCGGCGGCGGCCGAGGUAGGGAAGCGGGAGCGACUGAGCAAGGAUCCACUGGAGGUGCUGGGGAUGGAUAUGAUGAUGAGGAUACUCGAGCUCUCCGACGCAUGCAGCGUGGCACGGUGCAGUGUGGUAUCUCGUGGCUGGCACGAGAUUGCAGUCAGCGACCAUCUUUGGGGACCAAAGUACCAGAAAUUGUUGAAAGAGAAGGCCCAUAUCCCGCUAUUGUCAAAUUUACAUAGGGCUUCAAGAUUUGCAGCUUAUUCCAUGUGCGUUAUGGAUGGAAAAAGGACUCGCAUUACGAAGGAGGAUCUGUAUGAUCAUGUUUGGGAGUUUCGUUUUAAGAAGGCUGCUCCUGAAUACUGGCGUGAUCUUGAUCCAUCAUGGAAAUGUUCAGGUCCUCCAAUGCACCGCUACUUCAACCCAGAUGGAUCCCACACUGCAGAUUUUGGCGACAAAGUUUGGGGCGGUCACGAGUGCACUUACUCGAUCAUUACCAGCUACGUAGGCAAGGGACAGAUCAGAGACCACUAUGUGAGGAUCAACCGUUGGCCUCCGCUGACUGUGUCAAGGAAAAAAGAUUGGAGUUGGGAGAUGCAGAACCAUCUUUACCGUUACAAUAGCGUUCCUAACGCAGAGAAGGACGGUGGCACCGGUCCCCCUUUUCCGGCGUGGUAGGCUGCCCAGUUGACAUUCCUCCCAGCGGGCUGCUGCUUGUGUUGAUACAUCCAUAUAAAGUGUAAUAAUCUGGCUUGUAAUGUAUAAUAGAUGGUGGUGUGCUCUAGUGUAUCUUAAAAGAAUCACCUGUUUCACCAGGACGAACAGGAAUCCAGUCUUAGGUGCUAUGUUCGGUAGGCUGAUCGCGAAUCUGGUUGCUCUGACUCGGCGUUAUUGUGAAAAAACAAUCAACCAUGCUUAGCAAAGUAGUUUUGUAUAGAAGUAAACUCUGGGAUGGAGUAAAAAUUUGAUGCAUUACCUUAGAGUUUGUA